AUGGCCCAUGGUGGUUCCCAUAAGCUCUCCAAUACCGCAUUGCGUGUCACAGGAUUUGAAGACGAACUCGGAGUCCAAAAGCCGCUGGGAUUCUGGGACCCGUUGAGUGUGUGUGAUGGUGCCGACCAAGCCCGUUUUGAUGAACUUCGCUACGUCGAAAUCAAACACGGCCGAGUCGCCAUGUUGGCGAUUGUUGGACACAUGGUCACGAGCGCUGGAGUUCGUUGGCCGGGAUCGAUCGGCGGCGUUUCGUACUCGAACAUUCCCGCCGGGUUGGCCGCUUUUGAACGCCUACCUAUAUCGGGUCUCGCAGCCAUUUUCGUCGCGAUCGGAUUUUUGGAGGUCGUCGUUAUGAAAGACAGCAAGGGCGUUGCGCAAUAUCCCGGGGACUUGCGGAACGGUUUGUUUCAGUGGAGCGCAACUCCGGAGGAGCAGUUGGAGAAACGAGCGAUCGAGUUGAAUAACGGCCGAGCCGCACAAAUGGGCAUUUUGGCUUUAAUGGUGCACGAAAAAUUGAACAACGAACCCUACAUGAUCAACUCGUUUCUGGGAUAUUCCAGCCACUUCAACGAGAACUUUUGA